AUGUCAGGAAUGGAGUAUGACGCCAAUCGGAUGAGUGCGGCUAUCUACAAUGCGAUCCAAUACCCGGUCGAUGCCCUUGUUGUCUCGAUCCCAGAUCCAGAUAUCCUGAGGGAACCUAUCCGUGCAGCCCGUGAAAAGAAUAUUCCCGUCAUUGCCAUUUAUACCGGGCUGCAGGCAGCCAAAGAACUUGGCAUUCCCGCCAUCAUGUCAGACGAUGACUUUGUUUGCAUCAACGGCGUCAACCGCAUCCCAGCCUUGCUUGAGCGUUGCAACGGUGUUCUAAGCGCCUUUCUUCAGGCUGACACCGGUGCCUCAUCCAACGUGACAGAGCACACCAUCUACCUUGACAAGGGAAAUCGAAACGGCACCGGUCCUGCCUAUGCCCAGUCAGUACCCGACAACAUCCGCAAUCGCCGUUCUGUCACCGGUAUUGUAUUCCUAACCGCGACGACCUUCAUGGAGCUCAACGAAGCGUUGGUCACAAGCCUCAAUGGCACUCGGUCUUUCAAGAUUGCCACGUUUGACUUUAACCGAUACAUGAUGAAAAGUAUGGACAAGGGAAACCUGCAUUACUCUGUCUCAAGUUUGAUGUAUAUUCAGACCAUCAUGGCUUUCAUGCUGAUUUAUAUCCAGCUGAGUGUGGGCGAGACGAUUAGCCAGGACAAGAUCAUCACCGGUCCCAAGCUGGUGACGCCUUCCAAUGCUAAAGACAUGCUGGCGCAAGAAGAGUGGACCCUAGGCAACUUUUUGGAUUACUCGAAGGGUUUCAGCGUGAUUACCGGAAGGCAAGUAGCACAAUCGCACGCUGCAAUGUCUUUCUCGCCAAUCAAUGAGCAUUGGGAUGCCUUGUCGACAGGCGCACGCGACGCGGCACGCCUUCUCAACUGGACGAUGACAGAAUAUCGAUACGACCAACCCAUCCGACAGGACGUGGUCGAGUAUAGCAUCGACUUGGCGCUGAACGACACGAACACGCAAGGACUGCUCAUGAGCAACUCCCGCGAUACCUACAUCCAAUAUGCUCUCAACCAGACAAUCAAGCAGGUCCCUGAACGUAAUUUGCGCGCCAACAAGACUCUGCAGGGACUGUGUGACGACUUGAAGCCUACCCUGGCGAACCAAUGCAGUGUUCAACCUCCCUGGAACCAUACGCUGGAACAAGUGCUCCCUUUACCAAUUGUCGGCAUCGGAUCGACAUAUAAUUGGUCUCCUCAUCAGAGUUUAUCCUGGGUCGGCGAGAACGGAUACGAGGCUGGCCUAGAAUACGCGAACGCCAUUCUAGCCGGUGGGAAAGCCCAGCCGAUUUGCAUUGUCCAGAACGAUGAGCCCGAGCAACAGAUGCUGAUGUGUCGGGGUCUUUAUGACAGGAUAACAGGGCUCUAUGGAUCCUCCUUCCUCCCACCCUUCGACACCUACUGCGUUCGACUCCUUCCUGGUGAUCUCUCUGGCGCAUCGAGAAAGGUCACCGAGGUUGGAGCUGGAUACAAGUACGACAGCAUCCACACCACGUCGACAAUGCUUUUCGAGAACAUCAAGUACCUGGUCUCGAAGGGAGAUGUGAGUGACAAGGUUCUGGUCACCACCACAGGACGGUCAUCGACGGCUUUGGAGGAUUAUGUCGCAGGAAAAGUCUGGAAGGUCUGGUCUCAACAAUCCUAUCUCAAUGGAUUCAUGUCCGUUGUCGAGCUCGCGUUUUCGACCGUUCUUCAGGACAAGACCUGGAAUUUCAUCGCCACUGGACCCACGAUGAUUGACUACGUCUGCGAUAAGGGUCAAUUCUUCAACAAGGAUCGCAACCGGACCACGCUCUAUUGUCAGACUGAGGAAGGAUACCAUGUCGGCAACCCUUACUGUCAGCCCUGUCCGACCGACUAUUACAGUGACAUGUACAACAGUCUCAAUUGCACCGCAUGUCCACUCGGCACCUUCACCAACGUAACAGGGUCCAGUAGCUGCAUGAGCUGCGAGGACUUUGGUCAGACGACGCGAUCCUGCCAGGAAUACUUCUACAAGAAACAAAAGAACAACAACAUUACCCUGGCCAUUUUCCUGCCUCUGGGCCUGUUCCUGUUCGCGGCGAUCGUCGGCACGCUGGCGGUCCAUGCCCUCCGCAAUCGCCGUAAACGCUCCCGACUUGCAGACGACUCAUGGAUGCUGGACUACAAGAGAAUCAUGGGGCUUUAUCAUGAUUCCGACAGCGGGCUUGGCUCUCAGGACUCUGGAUCGAUGAUCGAGCACAAACAUAUGUCCUACAGAUCAGAUAUAGAAGGUGGCGGAGGCGGAGAUGGAGGUCGUAGAGCGAGCGGUCGACCCACCGGGAUGUUUCAACGGAGCCACUCAACAUUCGUCGGAGGCAACUCGGGAAUUGAGCCAAUGGAUGGUACUGGAAAGGCGAUUGGCGUCUACCGCAACCUGCCUGUCUUUGUCCGGCGUAUUGGUGGAGCCAAGGUGCACCUGACGCGCAAACUCCGGAUCGAAAUUAUGGACGUGAUGGAGUUGCGACAUCCCAAGCUGGUGGAGCUGGUUGGUGUGUGUCUUCAGCCACCAGAUGUUUGUGUGGUGACCGAGCACUGUUCCAAGGGCACCUUGACGGAAGUUCUGGCGAACCCGGACCUCAACUUCAACUGGCUCUUCAAGCUGUCGUUCAUGAGCGACAUUUCCCGCGCGAUGGAGUUUCUGCACCAGUCCAAGAUCCAGUUCCACGGUGAUUUGAAAUCGGCCAACUGUCUUAUCACCAGUCGCUGGGAGGUCAAGGUCGGAGGAUAUGGAUUGAGGGAGCUGACGGCGACUCAACAGCCAGGAUAUGGACGAGUAGGUCGCAUAAGCACAGGAUCGAGCGAGCUGAGCCAAGGCGGUACUGUUCAUAGGAACUCGUUGCGUAUUAGUGGUGAGAGUCUUUUCGGUAACGGAUCAGCCCACUCACUUCCCUUCCACACCAACAACCUGCCGGAGGACCCCACGGAGAUGGAAGAGUACCGUGUCGCCAGGACGCUUCGAGAAAUUCAGGAUGGUCGAUGGGUUGCCCCCGAGAACAUGAUCCACCGUGGCUCUGUCUUCCACAAGACUGCCAGUAAGGGUGGUGAUGUGUUCAGUGCUGGUAUCAUCUUCAACGAGAUCAUGACGCGCAAGACACCCUAUGUGCGCCAGCUGGCGCUUUUGGACCCGGUUGAAGGACCUUCGAUACUGCUGGAUCAGAUCAAGAACGAGAACUUGCGGCCUGAUUUCUUGCUUGACGAUGCCUCGGAUGAGAGCAUUGGAGCCGUCAACCAUUUGAUUCGUAAUUGUUUGCAGCCUGACCCGUGCCUGCGACCAUCCUUUGCGACCAUCAUUCACCGUCUGCGAUUGAUUAGCCCCGAUGGUGACAUGAUUGGCGGCAUGGCGGCGUUGCUAGAGAAGUAUGCGAACGAUAUGGAAGAGUUGGUUAGGACGCGAACGAUGCACUUGCAAACCCGCACGGCUGAGUUAGAGGAGGAGCGUCUUCGCACCGAGGCCCUCUUGAUCGAUCUUAACCAAGCCAAGAACCACGCCGAGGAAGCCGCCCGCGCAAAGUCCAACUUUUUGGCCAACAUGUCCCACGAGAUCAGAACGCCCAUGAACGCGGUCAUUGGUAUGUCGCGUAUCAUGCUAGAGUCGGACCUUUCGCCAGAUCUGAUGGAUUGCGCCGAGACGAUCGAGUCGAGCGGAAACCAAUUGAUGGCUGUCAUUGACGACAUUCUGGACUACAGCAAGAUCGAAUCGGGUAAGCUCAAGCUCGCCCCUGAGCUUCUAGACCUGCCCUGGCUCCUGGAAUCUGUCUGUAACCUGGUCUCGAUGCAAUCUGGCACCAAGGGCCUCGGCCUGGCAUUUGUGGUUCACCCCGAUACCCCCAUGCAAGCCCUCGGAGACUUGGUCCGGAUCCGGCAGGUCCUUCUCAACCUCUUGAGUAACGCCAUCAAGUUUACGGAGAAGGGCAACAUUGUCGUAAAACUAGAGCCGAAACCUAAGCUGGCCUUUGGAACCGGAGCUCGGAUCUAUGAAGAGGACAACUUGGAGGAGAAUGUCAAAGAGUCCUCUGGCCUCUUGCUCCAUAGCGACCAAGGCUCGACCGAGUCUGACCUGGACCGGAUCCACAGCCGCGCCACGACGUCGAGACCCGGAAGCAAGAACCAGAUGCAAACCCUGGGCUCGUUAGCGCAAGAGGCCAAGGCUCGCGCUCAAAACGAGACUCAUGUGGAUCUCCUUUGGUCAGUGGCCGAUCAAGGAUGUGGUAUCCCCGCUGAGCGCAUGGACCGACUGUUUAAGAGCUUCUCCCAGGCCGACGAGUCUGUCACCCGCAACUUUGGUGGUACUGGAUUGGGUCUCGCCAUCUCCAAGAAGCUGGUCGAGGUCAUGGAUGGUGAGAUGUGGGCAGAGUCAGAGGAAGGUGUCGGUUCGACAUUCUACUUCACGACUCUUCUCGAGUCGCCCAAGGCCAGCCCCACGGUCGCUCAGCAGCUAAACUUGGAGUUCUUCAAGGAAAAGACCCUGCUAAUCCUGGAUGACCGCCGGGUCAGCAGAACAUCCUGGCGGUACCAGUCGUCGACCUGGGGUUUCCAACGAGUGUUGGUCCUGAGUGUCCCUAAGGGUCUUGAUUACCUCCAGCAGAACCCUAACCAAGUCGAUGUGAUCAUGAUUGAUGUCGACAAGCCCCAGUCCAGGAUCCAUCCAGGCCUGGCCGUCCUCCACCAAGUCCGCAUGAUCCCCAACGAGGACUACCUUGAACCCGAAAGCGGUGAAGUGAUCCGCCAGAAGAGGACGAGUCCUGUUCCCUGUGUCCUUAUCUCGUACCACCGCCACGCCCAGCCCGCCUUCCCUGGCGGAGCCAGCGGUGUUGCUGUUCCAUUGGCGCCUGAAGCUGUUGACUCUGCAGGCAGUGCCUCAGAAACCCAUACCCGAUCCAUCCGUGGCCAAAGCAGUCUAGAGAGUCUGACGGACAGCAAGAGUACGCACUCUCAUUCGUCGGCCGUCAAGGACAAGGAGGUCCUUCAGUCUCGCCCCUACGCGUCGACUGGGACCUGCAACCUCAACAUUAUCAACAGUAACAUGUUGGCGGUUCCACCCAGAGGCACUCCUCAUGACCGGUCCAACAGUUUCUCGGGCAGUCUUCCGUCUCCCAUCUCGCCGCCCAACUCUGGUGGCAGUGGACAGGACUUUGGAGCUUGGGGCGCUGACCCCUCGGUUGGGUACCUCAGUAAGCCCGUCAAACAGGCCAAGCUGUUCAGGAUGUUCCAUGGUUUGAUGACUGGAUCCUGGCCGAUGGCUCCACAACCGGCCGCGGAUCUGAACAACCGAGAGCACGAGCGAAAGCGUCAGCUCGAGACGCUCGAGUGUCUGCUGGUGGACGACAACCCUGUGAACCAGAAGGUGAUCUCGAGGAUGCUUGGACGGAUGGGUAUCACGCCUGACCUGGCCAACAAUGGUCAGGAAGCCAUCGACAAGUGCUCUGCUCGCGCCGAGGCUGUAGCCAAGGCCAAGAAAGAGUCGUCUUUGCCUGACGCUUCUGGAGGUACCGGUGAUGUUGUUGAUGGAUCUGGAUCGGGCUCGGGAUCAGAUGUGGAGGCGAAGCAAUACGAUCUGAUCUUUAUGGAUGUCUGGAUGCCCGUCAAGGAUGGUCUGAAGGCGACGGAGGAGAUCCGCAAGUCUGUGGAUGGCAUCACGGGCACGGAGCCGUUUAUUGUCGCAAUGACAGCCUGUGUGAUGCCAGGCGAUCGUGAGAAGUGUCUUGCCAGCGGAAUGAACGCCUAUCUAUCCAAGCCGAUCAAGAAGGAGGAGCUGUGCUCGAUCCUCGAGAACUGGUUGGAUGCCCGGGCGGAUCUUGAGCAGGAGAAGAAGGAGAGUCAUGAGCGCAAGGUGCUUCAGAAGAAGAAGCGGGAGCUCUUGCAGCGUCGGAGCAUGGCUGUUCUCAAAGGUGCUGGUGGUUCUGGUGCGAGUGGAGACGGCCCGGAUUCUCCGUCUGUUCCCUUGCCGUCAUCUGAUGGUACUACUGGCUCUGUCCGCCAUUUGAAGGAUGAGGAAGAAGACGACGAGGAAGAAGAAGAGGAGGAGGAAGAAGAUGAAGGGAUUGCACAGGACGAUACGACGGACAAUAACGACCACGACGGUGAUGGCGAUGGCGAGGAAGAGUACGAUAUGCCGAUCCGCAUGAGGUCGACCGGGUCUCGAGGAGGUCCCUGUCGGAUGGGAUCGUCUCGAUCGAGCAAGCAUUCUCGCCGGCGCAAGAAGUCUCAUCAGCGAGGACCAGGCGGAGUGGGGCCAGGAGGGGCUCAUGUGAUGAGCGACGACAGCGAGGAUGAAGCUUUGGGUUGCCGCGGAGGCGGAGGUGGUGGACUGAAUAUGGUCAGUGUUGUGACCAAUAAGAACAACCCUAUUGCCCGCAUGGGUCGCAUGCACUCCUUCAAGAACCACUUGUUGUAA